AGGAAAAGCGGCAUCGCUGUAAGGAACUUGAACUAAUCAACACGUGAAGGCAACCAAAACAAAACGAAAGGGUGGACAUAUUAUGUUUUGGUUAAUGGCUAAUGUAUCAGUGAUUACUUAAUACAACCACUUUUAAUGUCUUUGCAGUCUUUAACGUCAUGGAUAUCAAAAAUCAAUAACUCGCGAACUGUCACUGUAGUAGUGGCAAUACUUCAAGAUUCCCACACAACCAUUAACGCACCUGUCACAAGUGAGCAUGCAGCCUCUUUUUCUAAAAGCAAAAGUAGUAGCUAUACGUGUCGGUAUUUAAGCGUUUCAAGAUUAGGCCGGUUGCAGCAACAGUUUCUACCGUGUAUCACCAAGAAGAACUUCUUACAUACUUCACUUGAGGGAAUGGAACUGAAAAAGGUUGUAAACAUUCUCAACCAAUUUGCAAACACUAGUUUGGCGGAGAGUUGGGACAACGUGGGUCUCCUCACUGAACCCUCCGCCCCACACAGCGUGAGGACCAUUCUACUCACAAAUGACUUGACCCCGCUGGUCCUGGAUGAGGCCAUAGAGAAGAACGCGGACAUGAUUCUGUCCUACCAUCCCCCCAUCUUCUCCCCCAUGAAGAGGCUGACGCAGAAGUUGUGGAAGGAGAAGCUGAUUGUGAAAUGCAUUGAGAAGAGAAUCGCCAUCUACUCUCCACAUACGUGUUACGAUGCUCUCAGUGGAGGUGUCAAUGACUGGCUGAUCAGUGCAUUUGACAUGAAGAACACUAAGCCAGUGGAGCAGAGUGAAGGCUGCGGGGAGUUUGGUUGUCAGGUAGACAUUGUCACGGAAACAGCUGGUGCCUCCAAGCUUGUCCUGGCACUCACAGACAAAUCCAUACCCAGGAGAAUCACCACAAGCGCUCUGGCAUUGCAUGAGAAGACCGAGCAAGACGUGACCCGAGUGAGUGUGUCAUGCUGCAAGAGUGACGUCCCUCGGCUGGUGGACAGUGCCCAGUCCCACCAAGGGGUGGUCAGUAUAGAGAAGCGGCAGAUAGAGAAGCUUCCACUGGUGGGCUAUGGCAUGGGCCGUGUAGGGAAACUCACUUCACCCCUCACUCUUGGAGAAGCUGUAGAGAGAGUGAAGACUCAUCUUGGUCUGGAGCAUGUCCGGCUGGCGUCUGCAUCUGGCAUUGACAAGGUCGGCUCCGUGGCUGUGUGUGCAGGGUCUGGAUCUAGCGUUCUGCGUGGGGCCAAGGCCGAUCUGUUCGUGACUGGGGAGAUGUCACAUCAUGAUGUUCUCAACGCCGUCAGUAAUGGCAUCAGCGUCAUUCUGUGUGAGCACACCAACACAGAGAGGGGCUAUCUCAAAGAGCUGAAAGGGAAAUUUUCCAGCCUGAUGUCAGAUCAAGUGCAGAUCCUAGUGUCAGAGACCGACUUAGAUCCAUUGAAAACUGUGUAAUGAAAACGAAAAUACAAACCGUAAAAUAUAC